AUGGAUAGCAGAACCGAAUUUGACGGAAGAAUUCACUUUUUUGAAUACUUUUCUCUUGAAAAAUUUGAAGAAUCAUUAAGAAAUGCCUUGCAAUAUUCAAUAGGAAUAAUUACACAAUAAGAUCGAUUUAUAUAAUAUUAUCAAUAUUCAAAAGAAAUCGCUUAUCUGAUUGAAUUUUGUAUUAAUCUACCUUAUGCCUUAAAGUAUAAUGCUUCUUACGCCGAAUAUUUUUAUGGAUUCUUUUUAUCAGAAUAAAAACAAAAUAAUAAAGUUAAAAGAGUUUUAACUUUGAUGUUAAGGAUUAUGAUUCCUUACGUUUUACAAAAACUACAUGAAUACUCAAACAACCCAAAUUAAGAUAGAAAAAAGAAAAUUAUAUAAUGGUUAUACAGAGGAUUUAAAUUGAUUGAUAUUUCAAUGAAAUUUUAGUACUUAUUAAAUGAUGAACAAAAGAGCUAUGCUGUUUUCUAUUAUUUCAUAAGAUAGGAUCUAAUCAGAUUCAAGAUGGAAUCCCCAUACAAAUAUGGGAUGCUAUUUGUUUAUUUGGGAUUGAAAUUUUUAGAUUUCUAUUUUUCCAAAAAGAAUAAUAAUGUUUAAUAAAAGAAUUAGGUGAUUCAAGCACCAAAAUAAGUAGAUGCUAAAAAUGUACAGAAAUACUGUCCUAAAUGUAAAAGAAUCCCAUAGAUUCCUAGUGUCUUAAAAACUACUGGAUAUGUUUAUUGUUUAGAAUGCUUACAAUAAAUGGUAAUUAAGAAUGAAAUCACUAAUCAUCAUAUAAUAAAAUUAUUUUGA